AUGAAUAGAUCUUCUCAGGCACAACAACAACAACAACAACAACAACAACAGCAUCAACAGCAUCAACAAUACCAGCAAGCAAAUAAUGGAUUACAGAAAGUCUCACAACAACAGAUAUCUCAUCAACCGAUACCUCAGCAUCAGCAGCGUAUGAAUCGACUACCUCAAUCAUCGUUGCAAGCUACAUUGACACAGACACUCCCGACCAAUAAUCCAUUAAUCCCACCAGGCUCUGUAGCAUCGUCAGCAUCAUCAUCGUCAUCAUCAUCUCGAUUACAGCGGCAGCAGCAGCAUCACCAGCAUCAUCUUCAAAAUCCCAACAUCAAUGUCACUAACAAUAAUACAACCAACAAGAACACCAAUCCAUAUUUUAAUCACAAUAUUUCCUCAUCAGGAGCUUUGCUGAGUCAUAAUAUGCCAACGAUUCCACAACCGGCAUUAAUGGCCUCAAAUCUGAUAUUGACUUUGGGUCCAUUUAAGCAUAGAAAAGACUUGACAAGAGAGUCCGUGUUCUCGACAUAUCAGAUUAUUGGAUAUAUAGCUGCAGGAACCUAUGGUAAAGUAUACAAGGCAAAAUUAAGAGCGGGCAACAACAGCAACAGCAGCAGCAACAACAACAACAACAAUAGCAGCAGCAACAACAGUAAUAGUAAUAUUGAUGCAGGCGGUGUUGGCGGUGUCGGUAUUGUUGGCAGUAGUAAUGGUGGGAUGAAAAAAGAUGUUGCAGAUGGUGGCAGUGAAAAGCUCAAAAACGCAGAUGGAGACUUACAAAGUCAAAACCACGGUUCGACUACAAAUGGAAAGAGUAAUUUGAAUAGAGAGCUCAAAGUUGACUUGGCACUGGUUGGGAAUGCACGAUCAAACAAAAGAUUAGUUCAUACCAAUGAAGAACCACUUCCUCAAUUUUAUGCUAUUAAGAAAUUUAAGAGCGAUAAUCACCAUGGAGGUGCCACGAACAAUAUAAAUGUGAACACCAAGAAUAAAAGCAACCAUGAUAUUAAUGGCAAUGAAGCAUUGCACUAUACGGGGAUAAGUCAGAGUGCUAUUCGUGAGAUGUCACUUUGUCGCGAAUUGCAUAACAAGAACAUUACUAGAUUGAUCAAUAUUAUAUUGGAGAACAAGAGUAUCUAUAUGAUAUUCGAGUUUUGCGAGCAUGAUUUAUUACAGAUCAUUCAUUAUCACUCACAUCCGGACGUGAAACCUAUCCCAAUACUGACAGUUAAGUCGCUUACUUGGCAAAUUCUUAAUGGUGUCACGUAUCUUCAUAAGAACUGGAUAUUUCAUCGUGACCUCAAGCCUGCCAAUAUUAUGGUCACUUCGGAUGGGUGUGUUAAGAUUGGUGAUUUAGGGUUGGCUCGUAAAUUUAAUAAUCCAUUACAAAGUUUUUAUACUGGCGACAAAGUUGUGGUAACAAUCUGGUAUCGUGCACCGGAAUUAUUAUUGGGCACUCGUCACUAUACUCCGGCCAUUGAUCUUUGGGCAGUUGGGUGUAUUCUUGCUGAGUUGCUCUCGCUUCGUCCAAUUUUCAAAGGCGAAGAGGCCAAGAUUGAUAUUAAUAACAAGAAGCUGGUUCCGUUUCAAAAAAACCAAUUUCAAAAAAUUGUUGAAAUUUUAGGAACGCCGAAUUCUAAAACAUGGCCGCUGAUCAGCAAGUAUCCCGAAUAUCUGAGCUUUACCCAACAAAUUGCCAACAAUGGCUACUUUUCUUCGAAUUUAUCGCAGUGGUACAAGAUGAUUGGUGGUGAGAAUAAGCAAUGUCUUGAACUUCUUCACGGGUUGCUAAAAUAUGACCCACAACUGAGAUUGACGGCUGACCAGGCUUUGGUGCAUGAUUUUUUUUUGGAACUGCCCAAGGUUCACGAGAAUGCAUUUGAAGAGUUGAGCUUUAAGUAUCCGAAUAGGAAGAUUUACACAGAUGACAAUGAUAUGAACCAAUUGGGGCAAGCUAUUGGAGGUGGAGGUAAUGGUGUGAAUGGCGGUGGUAUUGGCGCAACGAGUAAUAGCCAUGCUAGCAAGAGGAACGGGUAUAAUGACGAUGGAUCCAAUACAAAGAGGAAACGACUAUAA